AUGAACCCCACCCCCUUCUCUCAGAAACUCGACAAUAGCUACGUCGGCGGCGAUAUCGCUCACGCUCUCCAGCAGAAACAUCCCGACUACGACUACACCUACCUCGUCCGCAGCGAAGAGCGGGCGAAGCUGGUCAAGUCCAAAUAUCCCGAGGCCAAGAUCGUCUACGGGAGUUUGGAUGACUCGGCUGUCAUUGAGAAGGCGGCCUCAGAGGCGGAUAUUGUGAUUCACACGGCCAAUUCAGCAGACGAUGCCCCUUCGGUCCAAGCCAUCACCAAGGGCCUUGAGGCAGGCCACACGGCCGAGAAGCCUGGCUAUUGGCUUCACACCAGCGGCACAGGCGAGCUGCUCUUUCGCGACAUCGCCGAGAACCGCUACGGCCAACCCCCCUACCCAGACGAGAAAUACGACGACCUAGCCGACAUCCAAAAGAUCCUCAACCUCUCCGACGAAGCCUUUCACCGCACCAUCGACAAGGCCGUCCAGGCCGCCAACAGCUCGCCCGCCAUCCGCACCGCCAUCGUCUGCCCGCCCACCAUCUACGGCACGGGCAGGGGCACGGGCAACACGCGGUCGAUCCAGGUGCCGGACCUGAUCAAGUUCGCGCUGCAGAACGGCCUCGUGCCUGUAGUGGGCACCGGGCUGACGGAGUGGGACCAUGUGCACGUGCAUGACCUGGCGGAUCUGUUUGUGAGGCUUGUCGAGGCGGCGCAGGAUCCCGCCACCGCGGGGGAUGCCGAGGUGUUUGGCGAGCAGGCGUAUUACUUUGCUGAGGCGGGCGUGCAUAAGUGGGGGGAUGUGGCCAAGUGGGUCGCCGACGAGCUUGUCAAGCAGGGCUUCAUGGCCGAGCCCAAGGUCGAGACCACCACCAUUGAGUUCUUGAACGACCAGGUCGGCUUUGUCGCCGCGACCUGGGCCCUGAACUCCAAGAGCUUUGCAAGCAGGGCGCGGAAGCACCUUGGCUGGAAGCCGACCCGGGAGCACCUGAAGGACUCCAUCGCCGAGGCCAUAUCGGUCGAGGCCAAGAAGCUGGGCAUCGAGCCGCAGGCUGCUUGA